AGAAAGAUUUAUUGUUCACAUUUGUACAUAAGAAUUUGAUCAGCUAAAAGUCAGCACUAAAUUUGCACUAGAAAAUGGCCAAGGAAUUCAAGGGGGUCUGGACUUGGAUCUCUUGUGGCAAUGCAAGGACUCUAAACUGAUGGUGGGUUUAUCUCCACUCUCCAGCUCUGCCUGCCCUUCUCCUAUAGUUAAGGACUAAAGGAUUUUCUGCUCACUAUUCUGCUUUGAGCACAAUAAUAUUCAGAUGUAUACUUUACCCUCUGAGAGUUGGUUUAGAUAUCUGUUCCAAUUUUUAAUUAUCCAAGAAUUUUUUUGGUGGGGGUGAGGGCUUUCAUUUGCCUCUUUUUCAGUAGCAAAAAUUCCUUUAAUUGGAAUUCCUUGUAUAUCUUAGCACGUUCUAGGUCUGUUAAUAAAUCUAUUACCAAAUGAAAUUUGCUUUUGUCACAGUAUUUCCAAUCUUCUCAUUCCCUGCUUAUUUGGAAAUUGAAAUGUAAGGAGAAAUUCUAAUUCAUUGAGGGCCGCAUCAGGACUGUGGUUGACCUCGCGGCUAGGCGGGGUGGCUGACUGGGUAGGUGUGGCUGACUGGGUGGGUGUGGCCAGCUUGACGACACUCUCCAAACUGCUGGCAUGUUUCCUCUUCUCAUUGGGUACACUGGGACGAAGCUACACUGGCCUGAUCUUUCCACUUCGCACUGGAUACACUGGGCCAAAGCUAUGUUGGCCUGAUCUUUCCUUUUUGCACUAGGUAGACUGGGCCGAAGCCACGUUAGCCCUGUCUUUCCUUUUCAUAAUCAGUAGACCAGGAUGGCCCCCUGGAUCGGAUCCAACCACAUUGUGGGCCUUGAGUUUGACACCCCUGUUCUAAACGGAUGAUAAUUAUUUUCUCUGUGUGAUUUUACUGUGUUUUGCUUUCUCCAAGGCUGCAGGUGGAUCUGUCUCGCAUCAAGUCAGCUUUUCCUAUUUCAAUGCUUUUAAUGCUCUGCUGAACAACAUGGAACUUGUUCGAAAGAUAUACAGUCUCCUAGCAGGCACUAGAAAAGAUGUAGAAGUUACAAAAGAGGAAUUCUCUCAGUCUGCCAUCAAAUUUGGACAAGUUACACCUUUGGAAAUUGAUAUUCUCUACCAGAUGUCUGACUUGUAUAAUGCUACUGGCAAUCUUAUGGCGAUCGGGGCAGGCCUAUCUGGCUCCAGAUAGCUGAGUCAGCUUACAGGUUCUCUUUGGGCUCAGUUGCUGGAGCUGUGGGAGCUACCGCUGUGUAUCCUAUUGACUUGGUAAAGACUCGCAUGCAGAACCAGCGCUCCACUGGCUCGGUGGUAGGAGAGCUGAUGUACAAAAACAGUUUCGAUUGUUUUAAGAAGGUUUUGCGCUAUGAGGGUUUUUUUGGCCUUUACAGAGGGUUACUUCCACAGCUCAUUGGUGUUGCUCCAGAAAAAGCCAUAAAGCUUACAGUCAAUGACUUUGUCAGAGAUAAAUUCACUCAGAAAGAUGGUUCCAUCCCACUGUUUGCAGAGAUCCUCGCAGGCAGCUGUGCAGGAGGUUCACAAGUCAUCUUCACGAACCCACUGGAGAUUGUCAAGAUCCGCUUGCAAGUAGCAGGAGAAAUCACCACUGGACCCAGAGUUAGCGCCCUCACCGUUCUGAAGGACUUGGGGCUUUUUGGACUGUAUAAGGGAGCCAAGGCCUGUUUUCUCCGAGACAUUCCCUUUUCUGGCAUCUAUUUUCCUGUGUACGCUCAUUGUAAACUGAUGCUUGCAGAUGAAAAUGGUCACGUGGGAGGGUUUAAUCUCCUUACAGCUGGCGCUAUUGCAGGUGUGCCUGCGGCUUCUUUGGUGACUCCUGCUGAUGUCAUCAAGACAAGACUGCAAGUGGCUGCUCGUGCUGGUCAGACAACCUACAAUGGAGUUAUUGAUUGCUUUGUGAAGAUACUUCGGGAAGAAGGACCUUCUGCCUUUUGGAAGGGAGCUGCAGCCCGAGUGUUCAGAUCCUCACCCCAAUUUGGUGUUACUUUAGUGACUUAUGAACUUCUGCAGCGCUGGCUCUAUGUGGAUUUUGGAGGCAUCAAGCCCGCCGGCUCCGAACCUCAUCCCAAGUCUCGAAUCUCAGGCCUGCCUCCUGUUAAUCCUGAUCACCUUGGUGGGUACCGGCUUGCCACAGCUACUUUUGCUGGAAUUGAAAACAAAUUUGGGCUUUCUCUUCCAAAAUUUCGAGCAGUGAGUGCCACUCCUGUGCAAACCAAAGCAGCGGCUUGAAUCCCGAGCUGACUUUUCCAGCAGACAAAAGCGGUCACAAAGGACAGUUCCGAGAACAGAUCCUUGGCUCUCCAGCCAGCUGCAUGACACUUUACUGAACGGAGACUGAAUCAUUGCUUCUUUCUAUACAAAGAUACAAUUGUUGUUCACACAUGGGAGAUUGAUUCGGGCUUUACGAUCAAGCUAUUGAUUGUUUCUCCUCUUCUGAUGGCUUGAAUUAGUACACAGGGCUUGGCUUUGCACAGCUUGCACUCCAUGUUACUGUACAUAUUGUACAUCUUUGUACAGAGACAUCAUUACAGCAUUGAAAUUGCAGUUGCAUUUCUAGAAACAGAUAUUGCAGUUCUAAAUAGUUUGAAAUGUACAGACUGUUUUGAAAGUGUUUUACUAAAAAUCAUGUGACAAUAAAAUGUAUUUAAAACCAGA